AUGGCGGAGCCCGCGCGGGUCCUGCGGGCGGCGGAGGACGGGCGGACCUUCGGGGACACGGUCAUCACGCUCGUCGCGCCGGUGCUGCUGUCGCUGUCCCUCUUCGUCACGGCCGAGUCCGUGCGGCGCAUGCUGCGCCGGUUGGCCGCGGCGAAGGCGCACGUCGAGACCCGGAGCGCCGUGAAGAAGGAGCUCAAGUACGCCGUCGACGCGGAGGCGGGCGGGGCGCUGAGCGCCGAGGCCGAGGCGGCCCUCCGCGCGGCCGUGCGGUUGCCGUACCUCUUCACCGCCGCGGACGCGUACCUCGUCUACGCGGACGCGUUCGCCGACGGCGCCUUCGUCGUCUUCUACGUCAUCUCGGGCUGCGCCAUCUUCGGCUGGUACGAGCGCUGGCACUGGACCGAGACCUGGUACUACCUCGCGGUGACGUGCACGACGGUCGGCUACGGCGACUACAGCCCCGCGUCGCAGAGCGGCAAGCUCUGGGCCUGCCUCUACGUGCCGCUGGGCAUCGUCCAGAUCUUUAGCAUCAUCACGUCGCGCGUGACGGCCUUCGAGGACGGCUUCGAGGGGCUCGAGGCCUGGGUUUUGCGGGCCUUCUUCGGCGUCGAGGCCGUCGACACGCUCAGAUUGCCCGCGGAGGAGUACUCGCCGGCGGACGUCCGGGCGCGCAUCUGGUACCCGCGGCGCGUCCUCGUCAAGGCCCUGCCGCUAUUGGUCGCGCUCGUCGUCUUCUUCCUCCUGCAGCGCGGCGCGGGCGGCGCGGGCGGACGGGGCCGCACCGUCGUCGACGCGUUGUAUUUCACGGUGGUCACGGCGACGACCGUGGGCUACGGCGACCUCACGCCGACGUACCACGCGGACAAGAUGGCCACGGGCGUCAUGUGCAUCGUACUGGUCGUGGUCACGGCGAACUUCAUCGGCGCGAUGCACGGCCUCUUCCUCCGGCGGGCCGCGCGCGCGGGCGCGUACCGGCCCGACGUCGAGGCCAUCGCUCUCGGCAACCGGGGCCGCACGGGCCGGUCCCUCGUCUCCGAGAGCGAGUACGUGCUCGGGGCGCUCGCGCGCGCGCGGCUCCUCGACGAGGAGAUCGUCCAGGCGCUCCGGCGCCAGUUCGCGUGGGAGGCGACGCGCGGCACGCCCCUGGGCACGGUGCCGCCGGAGCGCAAGGCCUACGAGGGCCCGGGCUCGCGGCCGGGCUCCGCAACGCGGAGCCGGCCGAGCUCCGCCGCGGGCUCGCGGCCGUCGAGCGCGUCCCGGAGCCGGCCGAGCUCGGCGUCGGGCCGGCGCAAGAGCCGCGCGGAGACGGAGGCGCCGGCGGCGGCGCCCCAGGUCGUGCCCACGUACCAGGAGGCGCUCGACCGGAAGCGGGAGCGCGAGGAGGCGGCCAUCCGCUUCGAGGCGAAGCCCGAGCCCGAGCGGAAGAAGAGCGUCUUCGGGCGCCUGAGCAGCGCCAUGUCGCCCAAGGCGCCGCCGCGCGUCGCCGCCGAGGAGCCGCCGGAGGAGCCGCCGCAGCGGCCGCGCCAGACGACGGUGCUCCACCGCGUGCAGACGCACGACAGACGGGAGCCGAGCGACGACGCCGCGGCCGUGAGCGCCGGGUCCAAGGAGUGGCUCGCGUCGGCGGGCUUCGGCGCCGCGGAGCCCGCCGGCGAGGAGAAGGGCGAGGUUUCCGUCGAAGUCGUCGCGCUGCCCGCCGCGGCGCCGCCGCCGGGCUCGCCCGCGGCGACGCUCGUCGAGCUGCCGUCGUCGCCCGCGGACGCGCCCGCGCCCGAGCCGCCGGCGGGGGCCGAGGCCGAAACCGGCGUCGCGCCGAACGCCGCCGCGCUCGGCGCCAUGGGCUCCGCGGGCGCGCUCGCCGCGGGCGCGUUCGCCAAGGGCGCGGGGGGCCUCGGCGGCUUCGGGUCCAUCGCGGCGACGAUGGCCCGCGCGAAGAAGCUCGCCCAGGACCGCCUGCCCAUCUUCGUGCUCUACGUCGUCGACGGCCGCGUGGAGCGCGCGUGCUUCCGCGCCAAGGCCGAGCGGCUCAAGAGCAAGAUGGGCGACAAGGCGAAGCGGGCCAUCGUCGACAAGUUCUUCCAGCGCUUCCCCGAGCUCGGCGUCACCGACGCGGCCCCCUACGUCGCCGAGAGCGGCACGCCGCUCUGCGUCGCGGAGCAGGAGGAGAAGCAGUACCGCGAGGGCACGGCCCUCGGCGUGCGCCACCUGCCCGUGCUCGACCCCCGCCGGCGGCGCAUCCUCACGCGCAAGGACCUCCUCCUCGCCCACGGCGACGACCGGGGGAGCUCCUAA